AUGAUUUAUGGCCAGUCUUUGUUACGUUCUAUUCUUCUGUUACGUUCUCUCUCUCUCUCUCUCUCUCUCUCUCUCUCUCUCUCUCUGCUCCUGACGAUCUGUUGCUCUUUCUUUCUUUCUUUCUUUCUUUAUUUAUUUCUUUCUUUUUCACUCUGUCUUCCUUUUCACAUAUAUGCACACAAAUUAACUUUCUAUCUAGCUACUCCUCCUACCUACCUACCAAUCUAUCUAUCUAUCUAUCUAUCUAUCUAUAUAUAUAUAUAUAUAUAUAUACUUACCAGUCUAUCUAUCUACCUAGCUACUAAUCUAUCUAUCUAUCUAUCUAUCUAUCUAUCUAUCUAUCUAUCUAUCUAUCUUUCUAUUAAUCUAUCUAUCUAUCUAUCUAUCUAUCUAUCUAUCUAUCUAUCUAUCUAUCUAUCUAUCUAUCUAUCUAUCUUUCUAGCUACCUACCUACCAAUCUAUCUAUCUAUUUCAGUCUGUUCUAAUCUAUCUAUCUAUCGAAAUCUAUCUAUCUAUUUAUCACGCGAGAAUGCAGAUAAAUUUCACAAAGUGGCAGAUUAUAUGUCACACAGCGGCCAAACUUCUCUUAUUAGAUUUGAGGCGCUGACUCAUGACUUAGGCGCCCAGUAUUCCUAUCUAUCUAUCUAUCUAUCUAUCUAUCUAUCUAUCUAUCUAUCUAUCUAUCACCUUCAUCUAUCAGAACUCAGUCUAUUCCUGUGUGUCUAUGAAUCUAUCUAUCUACCCAUCUAUCAAUGUCGAUUUAUUUAUCUAUCUAUCAAUCUAUCUGUCUCUCUCUCUCUGCCUCUUUCUCUUUCUUUCUUCUAUCUAUCUAUCUAUCUAUCUAUCUAUCUAUCUCAGUCUAUUCGUAUCUAUAUAUGUGUUUAUCUAUCCAAAUUUAUUCCUAUCUAUCUAUCUACCUAUCUAUUUGCAAUUCCUAUAUCUAUGAACCUAUAUAUCUACCUAUGUGUCUUUGUCUAUCUAUCUAUCUAUCUAUCUAUCUAUCUAUCUGUGAAUCUAUUCUAUUCCUAUCUAUCUAUCUAUCUAUCUAUCUAUCUAUCUAUCUAUUUCAGCCUAUUCCUAUCUAUGUAUCUAUUUAUCUAUCUCAGUCUGUUCUUAUCUAUCUAUCUAUCUAUCUAUCUAUCUAUCUAUCUAUCUAUCUAUCUAUCUCAGUCUCUUUAUUAUCUAUCGCAGCAUCUAUCUCCGCUAUUUCAUCUCUCUCUCUUCUCUCUUUUUCACUCUCUCGCUUUCCUUCUCCUACCCUGGUCCUUAUUUUCUUUUAUCUUUCUUACCAUCAGAUUCCGUUCCUCUUUCUACCCCUCUCUCUUUUUUGCAUUUAAUCACUUUAUUUCUGUACACACACACAUCAUUUUAUUUUGUACUUGUUUACGUUUUCGAUCUCUCUGCUUUUUUAUAUCUUUUUGUUUUCUUUCUCACUCCACCUUCUCCCGUUUUCUUCUCUAUUGUCCUUUCCCUUUCUUUCUUCGCCCCUCUUUCUUAUCCUUUUGUUUUGCAGCCUUUUUACUUCUUCAUAUAUUUUUUUCCUUUAUCCAUUCUCUUCAUCUUUUCACUUCCAUAACUGUAAUUUCUCUUUUCUUUUCCUAUUUCGAAAACACUGUUCAAAAUAGCAGCGUCAUUGUGACCCUAACUAGACACAGCAACGCACGCGAGAUCAUUCGUGAUUCACGUGAGACAAUAAUGCUGACGUUGCUGUUUUCGAUUAUCAAUGUCCACAUUUUUCAAUUUCUUCCUUUUUCUUCACUCUUUGAUCAAAACUUUUUUUUUUUAUUUUCCCUCCUUUCUUCUUUAUUUCUUCUUCGACUCAUUUAUUUUCUUAUUUCUUCAUCAUCUUAUUCUUUUUUCUUUUUUAUUUAUUUAUUUAUUUCUCAUUCAUUUUUUCUUUUCCACCUUCCUUCCUUCCUUUAUUCGUUUUCUUUCAUUUUUAUUUAUUUAUUUAUUUCUCAUUUAUUUUUUCUUUCCUACCUAACUUCCUUUAUUCAUUUUUUUUUCCUCGUCUCAAUAAUUUUGCUUCAUUUCUCUCUUUGA